AUGACAAGAAUUCAUUUAAUACUUAGUUGUUUAAUAAUCCUUUCCCAAUAAUGCUCAAAUUUGAAGGAUAAUACGCUUUUUAUUACGUCGACUCCUGAUGAGAUGAUGAGGAUUCCAUUGUCAUAAAUAUUUACUUCUAGCUCGUAUGAUUAGAUCACUUUUUCACCUGUUGUCCCAUUUUUUACAAUUACAGCUCCCUUAGAAGAAGUGUACAAGAUGGGUAUCCCUGGAAUAAUAGGCUUGACAGUAUCAGCCAAAAUGUUAAAAUCAACAUCAAGUGCUUAACCAUAACACAGGAUGGCAAAUCUACGUUCUGAAAAUGGCAAAUAUUAUUCUGAAUAUGACCUUAAUUACUAUUCUACUAUUCCUAGAUUAGAUACUCUAUAUCCCAGCACAUUAAGGGCAAAUUCAUAAUGCUUUGAUAUUGCAUUGAUGUCUACAAUAGUUGUUACAGAAUGCUCUAAUGAUGAUGGAGAUUACUUUAGUAUUCUGAAAAUUAAGUAAUCACCUCCUGCCUAUCUACCCAUCGAGAAGCCACUCGAUUCUUUUAGAAAAUUAGAUAUGAUCGAUCAAUACCUUUUGAGAGGGACAGCGAACAAAUUGGAACUUUAUUAAGAAUAGGAAGAAGCAAUUGUGCUCCUAAAUAAUUUAGACCAAGCUGCUUUGAGAGUGCUAUUGAACAAGGACACCUUUGAGUUGAAGAUAAAGGACUUCCAAACUCAUACAAAUGGGUGGAUUAGUAUUUUAAAUGGAUCUGGAAAUUUAAUUACCGUGUAGUUUAAAAAUGAUUAAUGGCAAUUAAUUAGCGACAUAGAUACUCAGAUACCAGAUGUUUAUUCAUAUGAUUAUAAUGUCUAUACGAAUACUUAUGUUAUCCUCUCAAAAACAUAGUUAUAUUAUAAAGCAAUCACAAAAUAGGUAUUUACUGCAAAAGUUACUGCCAAUCCUACCGAUAAAGUGCAUUUACUAAGAAGCUCUAUCAUUUUGCUUUAGGACAAGACUCUUGUGUAAUACUCAUAACAAUUAUACAAACUCUAUUCUAAGACUCUAAGUGGUUCAAAUAAUUCAAUCAAUUCAAAUCCACAUUCUGAUGGAUUUUUAGUUAUUGACAAUGAGAACUUUUCUGAGUAUGCCACAAAGAAUGAAUACUCAUUACAAUUUUAAGCUGGCACCUUACCCGUGGCUAGAGACUAUAGAAUGACUAAAAUGAUUUAGAGUAAUAGCUGCGAGAUUCAAAUCUAUUAUACAUCUAUUGAUAUUGAAUGGAAAAAUAUUUACUCAUCCUAGAUUCCUUAGGCUUUAAUUGCAACCAGUGUGUUUUAAGACAAAGUAGAUGUAAAGUUGAACCCCAUAUUCCAAGGAUCUAACUUAAAGUAUGAAUUUCUAAACACAGAUAUCCUAAAUAUCAAAGUGGAUUAAUAUUAAGAAUUUGAAAUAUCAAACAUAGAUGAUACUCCUGAUGUUAUUUAUAGGAAAGCAUUAUCACAUUAAAAUAAUCCUCAGAUCUAGAUUAUCUAAUAGCACAGUGAUCAAUAAAUAAGUGGGUUCACUUGUGAAGUCGAAUCGAAUCUGAAACUGAACUGUAAAUCCAUAUUUGCCAAGAGACAAUUCACUCAAUUGUAAGACUCUGAUAAAUAACUCUGGUGGUUUAAUUAAAAUUCGAUCUUCUUGGCAAUUCUACAAGAUUUAACCGUAACAAUUUACAAUGUUAACUAUGAAGAGAGUACAUUUGAUACAUUGACAACCAUCAAUUUAGUUUCUAAUGCCAAGUAAAUUGUAACUGAUGGCAUUCACUUGUUUAUAUCAAUGGAAAAAUUAAUUUAGGCAUAUGCAGUAACUGUUGAAAACAAAGCCACAUUGAUUUAUAAUUAAGAUGUGAUUGUGGAUAUGGAUAUUUAUGCAACUCCAGCCUAAAAGAACCUUGUGUUUUUGGAAUAAGAUGGGGAAUUGUAAAUCAUCUCUUUUGAAUUCGAAAAGAUGAGUCUAAUUUGGUUCACACCAGUUGAUACCAAUUACGAUUAAAAGAAUUUAAUAAUUCUGAAAAAUCAUAUUGUGAGAAUAAUAAAAAAAAAGGGUUCAGAAGAGUACAUAGCAACAGUGUAUUAUUUAAAGAAUCUAAAUAAUAUCUCCCUUGAGAAAAAGAUUGCGAUUGGCAAAUUUAGUGCUGUGAAAUUAACGCAAAUUCAGGUUAAUGCUUAAUAAAACCUAUUUUAUCUUGUUGGCUAACAAAAUGAAUAAUACAAGCUACUUGUACACAAGGUGGAUGAGCCAAGUAUAAAUUCGAUGUUUUUAAGCUUAUCAUAUACAUCAACAGCUUAAUUCUCAAUUGCCAAUCAAUAUUGUUUAGUUACCGAUCAAAGUGCAAAUAAGCAAGUCUUAUACAAUCACUAUAUCACUGGAAAUUAUUUCGUUUAGUCUCAUUUGAAGGAGAGCUAUUAAUAAGCUUAGUACUCCAAACUCAUCACUCUAACAGUAUAAGUGAAGAGUGACUCACAAGGUAUCAAUACCGAAGUGGUUCCAGCUCUAAUUGUGAACAGAGGUGUUACGAUCUUUUAGAAUCAGAGCUCAUUGAAUUUAACAUAUAAAGCAGAUGGGGCUCAAAAACACUAUAUAGAUUUAGGAUAAUCAUGGUAUAAUGGUCAAGCAUUUGACAUAUCUUAGAGCGAAGCAUCAAAAAAUAUUACAUAUGUUUAGACAUUAUCUAAAAAGGCUGAGACCUUGGAAUUCAGUCCUUACAUUUAAUAGUUGAAUCCAGACAGUUUAGUCUAAUUGAUUGGCAACAAAAUUGUGUUAGUAAAGAAGGCUGAUUUGACAAAAACUGAAAUUACAUUGGAUGCAACCUACAACAUAAAUAAAUUGUUACUGGUACAGGAUCAGUACCUAUAUGUUGAAACAUAAAAGGAAUCUCAAAUUUAUUUAAAAGUUGUAGAAUGCAAGGAUUCUAAAUGCAAAUUUUUAGAAUCUGAACUAGCAUUUGCAACUAAUAUCGACAAGAUUUUCCUUCAUAAAAACAACUUCAUCAUUUAUUCUAAACCUAUUCUAUAUGUGUAUGACACAAAAGGGGAUCCCAUCAAUGUAUCUGCCUUUGAACAAUACAAUAAGAUUCCUACAUUCUCAUCAACAUUCUUUGUUGAAUUCCAAUAUUUACAAGAUGACGUGUAUUAGAUUAUUUCUGUGGAUGUGAGAGGGAAUAUAAAUUUUAAUAAUAUUGUGCUAUCUAGGACAUCAAGUGAGAAUUAAGUGUUUCCCCAAGAUGUCUUAGGUAUAUUGAAGACGAAUUAAUUAUAUGUCUAAGAAAACUCAGUAUGUGUGGGAAUCGUGUUAAGAAAGGAUGAGAUACUAAUAUUCUACAAUAAUAUAGCUACGGUUUCAUUUAAAUUCGAAUUUGAUUGCACUAAUAAAAAAUUAUGCAAUCUCAAGUAAUUUACAUUGAAUGGUGUUUAUCAAUAAUAUGGAGAAUGGGUAUUGUUUAAUAUCUAUCCAAUUAUAUACUCAAAUGAGAAUAUUCUAUCCCUGAUCUAUUGGGCUUAAUCUAAUUAUGAAGUACUCAUAUAUGAUCUCGAAACUCCAAGUAGCAAGGAACAUCCGAAAUCAGCCAUUGCUCAUUUGACUGCUCCGAUCAGUGAAGAAGAUCCAGGUGAGAUGUAUCAUGUUUAGUCAUUUGUUUAUACUUAAAAUGGACAAUUACACUUAUUGGCCUCUGCCGAAGACCCGACUAAAUUACAACAUUACACAUUGUAGAGAUCCCCUCAGGUUUGUACUACUUCUGCUGAAGAAUAGGUUAACGAAGUCAUCAAAUUAAAUCUACAUAAUUCCAUCUCAAAUGUUAAUCUUAACCUGAAUAUCACUAUUACCGCAACAUAAGAUCCAGAUGAUGACGAUGAUGAAAAGAAGUUCCCCAUUUGGGCCAUAAUUCUUAUUGCGUCAGGUGUAUUAAUUAUAGGAGUUGUGAUAUUCAUUUAUUGCAAGAAAAAGAGUUAGACUCAAGUUGAUGAUGAGAAAGUGUUGUUGGGAUGA